AUGGCAGAAGUAUCAGGAAAAAGAGGAGCUUUUAUUCUUAUAGAGGGCCUUGAUCAUAGUGGAAAAACGACACAAUGUGAGCUUCUUGCAGAGGAAUUGCUUAUAAAAAAAGUGCCAGUGAAAAUCCAAAAAUUCCCAAAUAGAAGCACAGAAAUUGGGAAAAUCAUUGAUUUAUACCUACGAGGAGAUUUAGAGCUUGAAGAGCAUGCGGUACAUCUUUUAUUUUCAGCAAAUCGUUGGGAAAUGAGUGAAAAAAUACGCAAUGAUCUUAAAAAUGGAAUUACGGUUAUUGUUGACCGAUAUAUUUAUUCAGGGAUUGCUUUUUCAGCGGCAAAAGGUUUAAAUAUAGAAUGGUGUGAAGAGGCAGAUAAAGGAUUACCUCUACCAGACGGAGUAAUUUACCUAGAUAUUUGUGAAGAGAAAGCGUCUUUACGACAUAAUUAUGGUGUAGAACGGAUGGAAACUGGUACGAUACAAAAAAGUGUUCGAUCAGUAUUUAGAAAUAUGUAUGAAAAGAAUAAGAAUACGAAUUGUCCAUGGUAUUGGGUGGAUGCAUCGAAUUCUAUUAUAGAAGUAAAGCUAAAUACAUGGAAUGCAGCACAAGAUAUCAUAAAUAAUUUAUCGGACGAUAUUAAAGAAUUCAGCUAA